CAUAGCUGGGUCCUUUUUACAACGACACCGGUUGGGAGAACACGUUGGUCCAAUUACCGGCGAAAUAAUUUCAUUUAAAAUGGGUUUUGGUGAUCUUAAAAGUAAAUCUGGGCUAGAAGCUCUGAACAGCUACCUUGCAGAUCGUAGUUACAUCGAAGGAUUCCAACCAUCACAGGCUGAUGUUGUUGUUUUCAAGGCACUUGGUAAAGCUCCAUCAGCAGACCUAUUUAAUGCUUUACGCUGGUACAAUCAGAUCAACUCAUAUGGAAAUGACAUGAAAAGUUUUCCAGGUGUAGCUAAACCUCUGGAUUCAUAUGGAUCAGGUGGUGCUGCCCCAGCAGCCUCUAAGGAUGAUGACAGUGAUUUUGGAGAUGAUUUGUUUGGUGACACAGAUAGUGAAGAAGAUGAGGAGACCAAAAAGAGAGUGGCUGAAUACACAGCUAAAAAAGCCAAAAAGACAGCUAUAAUAGCCAAGUCCAGUUUAUUGCUUGAUAUUAAACCAUGGGACGAUGAAACAGACAUGAAAGAAAUGGAGCGUUUAGUAAGAACUAUAGAGAUGGAAGGACUUGUGUGGGGUGCAGGAAAAUUGAUUCCAGUAGGUUAUGGCAUCAAAAAAUUACAGAUAAAUGCUGUUAUAGAAGAUGACAAAGUCAGUACUGAUGAUUUAGAAGAAAAGAUCACAUCAUUUGAAGAUUUAGUACAAAGUAUGGAUAUAGCAGCUUUCAACAAAAUCUAAAUAUCUCUAAUAUAAACAUUUAAUGUGCUAAAUACUGUGCUACCAUCAUUAUCAAUAAAGUGUUAUGCAACAGUC